CAGCUGCUGCGGGUGUUGGUACAUGAGCGGAUCCGCGCUGCCGCUGAAGACUUCCUGCUGCAGGUGGAGGAAGGAGGAGGAAAGGCUCGAGUCCCGGAGCUGAGAGCGAUGCUCACCGAGCGGCUCGCGGCGGCGGGAGAGCAGAUCCUCGCGGGGCUUGAGGAAACCUUGUUAGAGUCCGAGGAGCGAGUGGAGCGGACCGAGCUGGAGAUCUGCCGCCAGAGGAGGCUGCUCGAUGCCGUGAUGCAGCCCGAAGUCCGGCUGCACAGAGCAGUGUAUCCUGCAGACGUCCAGCAACUGAUGGUGAUUAAAGAAGAGGUUCCCUCUGAGGAGCAGCAGUGGAGCCUCCUUGUGGACCAAGAGGACCCAGAGCACCCCAACAUUAAAGAGGAACAGGAGGAACCGUGGACCAAUCAGGAUGGACAGCAGCUUCACGGACUGGAGGAGGCUGAUAUCAAAUUCACAUUGACUCCUGUCGCUGUGAAGAGUGAAGAAGAUGAAGAGAAACUUAAAUCAUCAAAGCUUCAUCCGAGUGAGACGAAGGAGAACAGAGCAGACUCUCGAGGACCAGAACCAGCCAGGGACUCAGGUCCUGAUGGAAGUUUACAACCAGGUCCUGAGGACAAGACUGAAGACUCUUCUGAGACUGAAGUCAGUGAGGAUGAUUGGAUGGAGACCAGGGAAACUCAGGCUGGUUUAAAUACAAGAAAUAACAAACAGCAUCUAAAUGAUAUGGGAUGUAAGACAGAAAAAAAAAAGUUUAGUUGCUCUGAGUGUGGUAAAAGAUUUAACCAUAGGUGCAGUCUAAAUAGACAUAAGAGGAUUCAUACAGGAGAGAAACCGCUUAGUUGCUCUGAGUGUGGUAAAAGAUUUACCGAAAGAGGUGGUCUAAAAAGACAUAUGAGGAUUCAUACAGGAGAGAAACCGUUUAGUUGCUCUGAGUGUGGUAAAAAAUGUUCCGAAAGGGGCAGUUUAGAAUCACAUAUGAAGAUUCAUACAGGAGAGAAACCGUUUAGUUGCGCUGAGUGUGGUAAAAGAUUUAUCCACAGGUCAAAUCUAAAUGCACAUAUGAGGAUUCAUACAGGUGAGAAACCGUUUAGUUGCGCUGAGUGUGGUAAAAGAUGUAACCACAGGUCACAUCUUAAUGCACAUAUGAGGAUUCAUACAGGUGAGAGACCGUUUAGUUGCUCUGAGUGUGGUAAAACAUUUAACCACAGAUCACAUCUAAAUAUACAUAUGAGGAUUCAUACAGGAGAGAAACCGCUUAGUUGCUCUGAGUGUGGUAAAAGAUUUAACCAAAGGAGCAGUCUAAAUAGACAUAUGAAGAUUCAUACAGGAGAAAAACUAUUUAGUUGUGCUGAGUGUGGUAAAACAUUUAACCAAAGGUCACAUCUAAAUAAACAUGUGAGGAUUCAUACAGGAGAGAAACCGCUUAGUUGCUCUGAGUGUGGUAAAGGAUUUACCAAAAGGGAUGAUCUAAAAAAACAUAUGAAGAUUCAUACAGGAGAGAAACCGUUUAGUUGCGCUGAGUGUGGUAAAAGAUUUAUCCACAGGUCAAAUCUAAAUGCACAUAUGAGGAUUCAUACAGGUGACAGACCGUUUAGUUGCUCUGAGUGUGGUAAAAGAUUUAAGCGAAGGAGCAGUCUAAAUACACAUAUGAGGAUUCAUACAGGUGAGAAACCGUUUAGUUGCUCUGAGUGUGGUAAAAGAUUUAAGCGAAGGAGCGAUCUAAAUAGACAUGUGAGGAUUCAUACAAGAGAGAAACAGUUUAGUUCCUCUGAGUGUGGUUAAAGAGUUAAAGGAGACAUAUUAUGCCCAUUGUACAACAGUUGAUAUGGUUCAUUGGGGUCUUUAUGAAAUGUCUGUAACAUAUUUUGGUCAAAAUACCACAAGGAUCACUUAAAACAGAACCCUUUUUACCCGGUCUAAAACAGCUUUCCUCAGAUUGACCUGUUUUUGAGUGCCUCCUCCCUCCUCCCUCCUUCACGAGAAACAAGCGCCCAGAUUUUUAGCUAUCCAUUACCUCUGUAGAAAUAUGGCUACUGGAGACGACGAUACAAUCUUGCAACCAUAUCGUUUUGAACCAGAGUCAGGUGGGCCAAAGCCUGGCUCUGGGAGAGACGGGCUCGCGAGCUGACCGGCGGGUCCGCGAGCAGACCGGGCCGUUGGAGCCGAGCCGUGAAGCGUGACUAUGACGUGUGUUCUGGUCGUAAUCCCAUUCUACGCCAUCUAGUGUAUCGUUUUUGACAUAGAGGAACCACAACAAAUCGCAGGAGUUGUUUUUUUUCUAGAGUUUUUGAGACGGUAGACAUGCUAGAGACCCAAAUUAACGUGUAGAAGCACUAUAAAAGUGGAAUUUUCAUAAUAUUUCCCCUUUUAAGAUUCAGUCCUAUGGUACGAGACACGUGAGGAUUAAUAAAGGAGAGAAGUGAUUUAGUUGCAACUUUGGAAACAAAAGAUUUAUUAGGAUAUAUCAGCAGAUAGUCAUAUUAUACAUAUUCAUAGUUCACUGUUUUAAGUAGACUAUUAACAGUUUUAUGUCCCCAGAAAAUAUAACUCAUUGAAUAACACGAAAGAUUUGUGUUUAAAUAUCUUGUUUCCAUUGAUUUCUACAUAAUUUAUCUAUUUUUCAUGUCAUUUUAGGGUUAAAGUUUGUUUCUUGAACCGUAUGAAUGUGUGUUCCUAACUAGUUCAUAUGAUUAAAUAUGUUUGUUUUAAAACAAUGGUUUCUUGGUUCGUGAGAUUCAAUGACAGUGUGUGUUCUCCUUUAUGUAUUGAAUGUGUUUCCAAGAAUAAAAGUCUAAUAAAAAGUGCAGUCCUAGAAAAGCUCUGCAGUCCUUGAAAUUGUAGAAAUUGUAAUUUGAAUGUUUAAUUGUUGUUUCCAAUCCAAUUUGAAGUUGAUCUGAUGUAAGCCCUGGUAC